UACCAAAAAAAUUAAUAUUCAAGAAAAAAACAAGAAGCUAAUAAAUCAAGAUUUCAGAUCUAAUUAAGCAUUUUUGAAAACCAACAUUCCACCUCACUGCCAUCAUUUUCUUCUCCAUUCAUUCAUCUCCCUGAAGUUUUUUUUUUUUCUUCUCAAAAUUCUCAUAAUAAUGUGUUUGAUAGGUUUUUGAUUGGUUACAUGUUAGGUGUACUUUCUUGCUUUUUUUUUUCUUUCUAAAUCUAUAAAUGCCAUCAUUUAGAAACCAUUACAAGACAAACCCCAGUUCAAAUAUUCAAUUCUUGAACUUUACCUACACUUGGAGUAAUUAAUCUCCAUGUUAAAUAUCCAAAAAGAGAUCUUGAUUGUUGUUUCAAAUCAUUUUUCCCAUGUGGGGUUAUAAAGAUUUGUGUGAUAAUGAGAUCUAAGGUAUAAAGAUCCCAUAUUUCUUGGAUUUGGAGCUCAAAGUUAGCAUUUUUUUUGUUGAACUCCAAAGUCUUUUUUGUAAUGGUUAAAUCAUCUAUGAACAGAAUGCUAGCAGGAAAUGGUUUGUUUUAUCCAAUUAUUGGGUUUGCAUCAUUUAUUGCUUUUCUUUAUUUGUCAUUUGGAGACUUAUGGGUAAAUUAUAGCAAAGAAAUAAACCUUAGUUUUGUUGAGAGAAAUGGAACUCAGUUCAUUGUUGAUGGUAAAGCUUUUUAUAUUAAUGGAUGGAAUUCUUACUGGUUAAUGGACCAUGCUGCUGAUUAUACUACUCGACCAAGGAUUAGAACAAUGCUUCAAGCUGGUGCAAAAAUGGGACUCACUGUUUGUAGAACUUGGGCUUUUAAUGAUGGUGGUUACAAUGCUUUGCAGAUUUCACCUGGAAAAUUUGAUGAGAAAGUGUUCAGGGCGUUAGAUCAUGUUAUUGCAGAAGCCCGAAGAAAUGGAAUCAGGUUGAUACUCAGCUUGGUUAACAAUCUGCAAGCAUAUGGUGGGAAGACUCAGUAUGUAAAGUGGGCGUGGGAAGAAGGUGUUGCUUUAAGCUCUUCCAAUGAUUCGUUCUUUUACGAUCCAUCCAUCCGCCGUUAUUUUAAAAGUUAUGUCAAGACAGUUCUAACAAGGAGGAACAUAUACACUGGUAUAGAGUAUAGGGAUGAUCCGACCAUCUUUGCGUGGGAGCUAAUUAAUGAACCUCGCUGCAUGACCGAUCCUUCUGGUGACACACUCCAGGACUGGAUAGAAGAGAUGUCCACAUUUGUGAAAUCAAUUGACAGGAAACAUCUGCUAACAGUGGGUCUUGAAGGAUUCUAUGGUCCUAAAAGUCCGAAAAGGACAACUGCCAAUCCAGAAGUUUGGGCUGCUGAUCUUGGAUCCGAUUUUGUCCGCAACUCUAUACUUUCAACUGUUGAUUUUGCCUCCGUGCAUGUCUACCCAGACCAUUGGUUCAAACACAAAAACUUUGAAGAAAUGUUGAAAUUCGCGGCCAAAUGGAUGCUUUCUCACAUUGAAGAUGGUGACAGAGAACUAAAAAAGCCCGUCUUGUUCACUGAAUUUGGUUUGUCAAAUGAUAACGAGGAUUUUGAACCAGCACAACGGGAUAGAUUCCUCAAAAUGGUUCUUGAUGUCAUAUACAAGUCUUCAAAAAGGAACAGGUCUGGGGCAGGAUCAUUCUUCUGGCAAUUCCUUGUUGAAAGAAUGGAACGGUUCAAUGACGAAUAUGGAAUUGUUCCAUGGGAGAGUCCAUCAACAUAUCGAUUAAUUACAGAACAGUCGUGCAAGCUGGCGAAAGUUCAUGGAUUACUUCCUACACAAAUCGAGCAUUUAAAGAAUUUUUGUGCCCCGAGGAACUAAUACACAUUUUGAUUUUGGAAAAGAAACUUUACAUAUUACGAUAUCAUUUCAGCAUUUUUUUUCUUUGUGAAAUUCGUUUUAAAGGAAGAAGUGUAGGACAUAGGUUUACUCCUUGUAAUUCUCACGUUAUAGAUGUGUACAAUUUUCAUCAAAUGAAACAUAUGCAGAUUAUUCCUCUCA